GCUUCGUCCCUACCAAAUGUAACACAAUGCUUUUACAUACAUUGGCUGCCCAACAAAUGUUUGCUGAAUUAGACCAGAUCUGUAGUUGUUUGUAACAGAAGAGAAAUGACAAAGCCAGGGCGUGGGUGACAAAGUGUGCUCUGCAAAGCCAUUGGCACUGGGCUCUCCUGGGAUGCAGGGUUCUGCACUGGCAGCCAGCAAAGGUAGGAGCAGGGCUGGUUCAGCCUGUGCUCCUCAGGCAAGCUGGAGGCACCAGCAUGGGCUGGAUCUCCCUGGAGAAAGGGUACGAUUGUUCUAAUUCUCACCAAGCUGUGUCUACACGGAAGCGCGACCUUUCUCUACUUGGGACAACAGCACUUCUGGCUUCAGAGCAUCCCCUUGAGGAUGCUCUGGACAGAAUCCUGCAGCCCAGCCCACCUAAUUAACCAUUUUGGAGCAUAGUGCCCCAGGAAUCUACGUCGUAAACAAGCUCUCCACGUGUUUUUUACGCUAAGUAAGCCUUGAGGACCACUGAGGUUGGGAGACAGGCUUGUAGAUCAGGUCUCCGAAAUCCUCAGCGUCUCUACUGGACUUUGAUUUCAGGACAGUUGAGCUGCCGACCACGGCCAUUGAAGACCCUGCAUCGAAAAUGCAAGCUCAGUCACCAGUGGUCAUCGUGACUCAGCCUGGAUGUGUUCCCAUGGCCCAAACCUCCAACUGGCAGACAGGCAUGUGUGAUUGCUUCAGCGACUGUGGAGUCUGUCUCUGUGGCACAUUUUGUUUCAUGUGCCUUGCAUGUCAAGUUGCAGCUGACAUGAAUGAAUGCUGUCUGUGUGGGACAUCCGUCGCAAUGAGGACCCUCUACCGGACCCGAUAUGGCAUCCCUGGAUCCAUUUGUGAUGACUAUAUGGUGACGCUUUGCUGUCCUCACUGUUCUCUUUGCCAAAUCAAGAGAGACAUCAACAGAAGGAGAGCCAUGCGUACUUUCUAAAAAAACUAACGGUGAAAAGCUCUUAUUGAAGCAACUGAAGUUAGCAGACACCCUUCAGCUUGAGUCUUCCUCUGCGUUUUGCAACUGAAAUAUGAUAGAUCUGUUUAAGUACAAUCGAUGGGGUAAAAAAAAAAAAUGGAAUUUUGAUGUAUUUUAAAUGAAUGUUUUCCCUUAGUUUUGCUAAAUGGUCCAGCUUAGUUUCUCCUUGCUUUCAUAUUAUUAAAUUUUCUGGCUUAUGAAUUUUGUGUUACACUUGGCAUGUGAACAAAAUAAAAGAUUUUACUAACAAGA